AUGAUACAAAAAAGCAGAAACGAAGUUAUGUCUGCAGAAAAGAAUAUGAAAGAGACUGUGAACGAAUAUAUCUGUGAAUUGCAACAACACGAGAGGACCAUGAACGACAAGUUUGCUGAAAUUUAUGAAGCGCAACAAAAACAUCAAUUAACGCAACUAGAAAAUUUUGAGUUAUUUUUAACUCAACUGAAAAGUUGCGUUGAGCGGGGUGAGAGUAUCAUUGAAAGAAACAUCAGCGCUGAAAUUGUGCAAACUAAUCAGACCAUUAUUAGACGCUGUGAAAACCUGCUAAAUGGGAAAAAACCGGAAAUUUAUCGACCUUCCCAUGUGUAUUACGUGGUGGACAGGAAAGUGAAUGUUUUUGAUCGCAUUCUGAGCCUAAUAAGCAUUAGUGAUCCGUCGAUUUCGUUACUUGAGGUGGAAAGUCAAAAAGAUGUAACAGAAAAAAAAGAAACAAAUUUCUCCAUUGUAACUAGAAAUUCGAAUGGGAAGCAAUGUUAUCAGGGAGAUGUUGAAUUAGAAGUCAAAAUUUUCACUCCAGCAGAUGAUCAACUAAAAACAGAGAUAAAAGACACCAGAGACGGCAAAUACACAGUGACAUACACACCACAAUGUCUUGGACAACAUAGAGUAGAUAUCCAAGUUAAUGGACAGCUGCUGACUUGUAGUCCCUGGUUUGUGCAGGUAAUUCCGCAUCAGUAUCAAUUUUCUUUUCAGUUUGGAUCAAAAGGGAAAGGGCAGGGGGAGUUUGGCCAUCCAUCCUUAAUUGCUGUAAGUGAUAAAACGGGAAGGAUUGCUGUGACCGAUACCGAAAAUGACAGAAUUCAGAUUUUUGACUUCGAGGGAAGAUUCCUUGGAGUAAAGCUUCCUGCCUCUUUCGUAUUUACUGGAUCUGAUGGAGGCUUUAUUUACUCAGUGGUGGAAGACAAUGAACAAAUUUUCCUGUGUACUGAAAAUGGUCAGCACAUUAGGAGCAUUGACCGUAAACAAUUAAAUGAACCAACCUGUGUUGUUUUAGAAAAUGAUGGCCGGCUCAUCAUAUGUGACUUAAAGGGUAAAAAAGUUAAAGUACUUACUCCUGAUGGAAAACAUGUACUUUGGUCGUUUAGCGCUCCAGGUUGUGAUGUAGGUCCGGUUUAUGCUGUUCAUCACCGGGACAAAUUAUUUGUUUCAUAUCCAGAUGCUAACCGUGUCAUGGCAUUCAACAACAUUGGAGAGUAUGUCCAUGACAUUGGCAGCGAAGGAUCCGGUGACGGGCAGUUGAUGUUUCCCUCUGGACUCGUUAUAGACAAAUUUGGCCAUCUCAUCGUUUGCGAUACAGGAAAUAGAAGACUGCAACUUUUUACACUUGAUGGCAAAUUCAUCACGAGGAUAUCAGAGAGCUUUUUCGAAAAUGGCGUUCUUGCUUCUUGUGCCGUGUCUAACAAUGGACAUUUGUUUGUUUCUGACAUCGAUAAAAACUGCGUUUAUGUUUUCAAUUGCAGCUCUAAGUAA